AUGGCAUUGGAUGAUUGCUCACUGAAGUACACCGAUAUCCAACAAGCUACCGUGAACAAUGCGUGUGCUUCCGGUUCUUCUGGACUCUUCUUGUGUAAGCAAAUCAUCGAAAGCGGAAAUGCUGACGUCGUCCUUGCCUGCGGCUUCGAAAAGAUGGCCACAGGGUCGUUGGAUACCCAGGCUGGCAACAGUGAUGGACGAGCGCUUUCUGUCGAUAACCAUAUUCAGGAACAAAACGAGAACAUUUCGCGAAGAUUGCCUGGAAGAACCACCUUCAUUCGGUUCAUAACCCGAAAUCCCAAUUCACAAAGGAGUUCAGCCUUGAUCAGGUGA